GUCGGGAACUGUUUUGGUUGCGGUGCUGUUUUCCUGCAUUGGUCGCAGUCGAGCCACCAGCGCUGCUUGAUUUUAGUGCAGCUGGCUGUACGUCGGCGAGCUGAUCAUGGAGGAGGCGGAGAGUGCCAAGUUCGAGCAGCUGAAGUCGCCUGGUCCUCUGAGUCAGGAGGAGCUCAGCGAUCAGGACCACCUGGAGCUCUGGCUCGUCCGGCUCAGCCCGCAGGUGGACGCGGAGGAGCUGGUCGGCUGUAAGCUGCCGGUGUCUUCGGGCAAGAGCUCACGCUCCGGCGGACUGGAGCUGAACGCCGAGGCGUUCGUGCCGGCCGGCCUCCACCUGCUGGCGCCCAACAGGAAGGGCAAGAAGCUGAAGCCCGUGCCUGUCCCUCUGCGGGGUCAGAUCACCGUACACCAGCGGCUGGACGUGCCCCCCGGCGACCCGCUGCCGCCGCCGGCCUCAGCCGUGCCGCCGCUGCCAGCCGUCCGGCCCGACCGCCACCCCAUGCUGGGCGUCGGGUACGAGGAGGUACUGCGGGAGAGCAGGCGGGUGCUGGAGGCGGCGCAGUCGCUGGACGUGUUGGACGGCAAGAAAAGUAAAAAGAAGAGAAAAUCGCGGGCGCCUGAAGAAGACGCUGUGGUGAUAGACGUGGGGAGCAGUCGGAAGAAGAAGAGGAAGUCGAAGGGAUCGUAGGCGACAGGUGCAGGACAUGGCCGCGUCGUUCGUGCGCGUGUCUUUUUUGAGCAUUGAGUGUGUGUUUGGUUAUCAGAUCUUCGUCCAAUACAGCUGCCAGCCAUCAA